ACUGUACUAUAAUUUGCAAGUAUUUGUCACAAUUAAAAAUAUUUUGUUUUAUUACAAUAAUUACAAAGAUAUGAAUAAAAUCUGUCCAAUAAUUUCAUACAAAUGGUUUUCAUGGCUAACGACCGCAGCCAUCGGCACAAAUCAUUGGUGUCAAUACCGAAGCCGACCGACAUCUGAAAAAGCCAUCAAAUGGCAAAUAAUAGUAAAACCAAAGUUGUCAUCAAUAAGAAAUGCUUUAGUCAUGGAUGAUAAAGAAUGGAUGAGUAGUCUAGUAAUUGAUAAUUUUGAUUCAAUAGUUAAAGUGUGGUCCAGCGAUAAACUUAAUCCGGAAAAGGGAGUGCAGGGGACAGGGUUUGUAGUGUUUGGCGAUGAGGGACUCAUAAUUACAAAUUAUCAUAACGUUAUGGACAAACAUUUUGUACAAAUUAACUUUUCAAUGGAUAUAUCACCGGUCGAGUUGAUAGCUGACAGCGAUCCAUCAGAUCCACAAAAUUAUGAAAAUGUAUUUCUUUGGUGGACUCAAGUUAUUUAUGUCGAACCACACCUGGAUUUAGCACUUUUGAAACUCCCGUUAGUUAACGACAAUAAAUUAAAUGAAUUGACAUUAGCUGACAAUGACUCGGAAGUGGGAGAUGAAGUCAUAACUAUCGGUAAUCCAAAAAUCGGUUAUUCAUUAGGUGUGGGUAUAAUAAGUAAUAUAAAACGGUGUUAUACUUUUUCUACCGGAUAUUUACUUUAUGGUACACUUAUGUGGCCUGAAAAUCAAUUAUACACUUCUUGGAAAAUCAAUUUAAGUAAAGGUUUUUCCGGAUCUCCAGUGCUUAACCAAACGGGACAAGUGAUGGGAGUAUUGUUUGCAAAAACAGAGUUCAGAGAUGUUUCUAUAACACGAAGAGAUGAUCUUUUAGGUUUUCUAACCAGAGCUACAAGUAAUGGGAUGGCUGUCUAUGAAAAUCUAAAGACUAAGAGAAAACAAUUGUUCACAAAUAAGUUGUUUAUCGGUGUUGUCAUUGAAUAUUACGAUUCUGUAUGUAUUGUCUCUGGAUUUAUGCCGUAUGCCUAUAGUGUCAGAAAUGUUUUUAAUAUAGGAGAUGUGAUUAAUACUGUCAAUGACAUACAAGUGGACACAAUUGAUGAGAUCAUUGAUGUUUUAAAUGCUGAACCCGAUAGUCAAUCAAUUGAAUUUAAUGUAUUAAGAGGAGGCUCUCAAACCAAUGUUACAAUUAAUAAGAAUACCUAA